GCUUUGCAUGAAGCCGCUGAUCAUGGCAGCAUCCCUCGCGGUGGACAGUGCGCUGGGAGUAGUCUACUUUCCGCUUGCUGCGAGCCUCACUCCGAGCAAUGAAGACCUCGAAGAGUUUGGUGUUUUCAGCGGCGAUGACACAUCGACGAGGACGCACUCGCUGGCAGACUACGCAGCCACGCUUCUGGUUGCCGUUGUGGUCGCGGUCUUCUCGGAGAUCGUCUGCCCCGCAGGCUACGCAUGUAUACUGUCUAGCGCCCUCGCCGUGGGGCUUGCGGCUAUUCCGGGCGCCCAGGAGCGGUUCCCUGCUGGGGAGGCACUGGGCUGGCCCUUGUUGUACAUUUACUUCGCCUCUGCCGGCUUUACAGUGGGAGCGGUGGAAUUCCCGACGCUCCUGAAGUUCAGCCCUCUAAUUGAUUUCG